GUGUGUGUGUGUGUGUGUGUGUGUGUGUGUGUGUGAGUUUACCACAUCUCUCCUCCACAUCAGCUGCAGUGUCAGGUGGCCUGAAGUGACUGUUGGGACCUCAGUAUAAAUAGCAGAGCCAUGGAGGGAGAUGGGAGCGAUCCCACCAAACCAAGCCACGCUGCUCUCCGCGCAGCCAGCUGAGCCGGCUAGUCUCCAGACAUAAAGCUCCACGCGGAGGCUGAGCCCAGCGAGGCUGAGCCAGGCUCCAAGGCUUCCCUUGUGCCCUCAUGCAGAGAGGAGACCCCCGAGGGAGCUGCAGCCAGCUGACGCUGAACACAACAAGGCUGGGACUCUAACACCGCACCAUGGCAGUGGAGAGAGGCAGUGUCCAGGCGGAGCAACCGGAGACCGACUGCCCGCGGUCAUCCAUGCCGGAUGAGCUGCAGCAUCCCUACCUGAAGUUCUCCCACUGGAAGUUCAAACUGUUCAGGGUGAGGUCCACCGACGAGGACACCAUGGCCUGCGAGACGGCCCCCAGGAUCGCAGCCCCGCCGGAGGUCCUACCCGCCCCCGCCGCUGCCGCUGCCAUUGACCCCUGGUCGGGGGAGGAGGGUCACCUGGGUCUCCCUGGCAGUGUGAUGAAACUGUGUCUGGGGGGGAAGAGCAAGGAGAACGUGGAAGGGCCGGGCCACAGGGUAGAUCGUAAGCUGCAGGAGAUGGACCUGCACAUGGAGAAACUCAGGUGUCUUUGCCGACUGUGUGGCUCCGCUCUGCGGAAGGUGAAGGGGCCGGAGCGCGCGGUCCAGGGGGGUCUGGGGGAAUCGUGCCGGCACGCCCUGAGCAGGAUGGGCUGCAAGUUCACCACCUGGCCGGACGUCAUCCACAAGGUCUUCAAGGUGGACGUGACGGGGGACCUCGAGAGCGUCCACCCCCCGUCGUUCUGCCAGCGCUGCUGGAUGACCGUGAUGCGCGGGGGGGGGUUCUGUAGCUUCACCCCGCUCCGGGUCCCCGAGUGGACCCCCCACUCGGCCCUGUGCUCCCUCUGCCACGCACGGAAGACCUCGUCCUUCCAACGACUCGGCCGGAAGAGGAAGAAGAAGAGGGGGCCCUCCAGAGGCAAGACCCUGGCGAAAAGGUGCAAGUGGGACCCGUCUGACGGCACCUCCAGCAGCGAUCGGAGACCUCUCAGACCCGUGUCCCAGCACCGCCACCACCACCCAGGCCCCGGCCUCCAGCCCCAGGCCAGCACCAGAAGGCCGAGGGAACACCGGGUCCAAGGGUUCACCCACUGCCAGAGAGAUCACCUGGGCACCCGGCUCCUCUCGGAGCAGCUGCCCGUGGACCUGGUCCGCUCCGUCACCUGCCAGGUGUGUCACCACCUGCUCUCCGAGCCGGUCCAGGCCCCGUGCCGGCACGUCUUCUGCCACGGCUGCAUCGUCCGGUACUGCCGCGCCCUGGGCCCCUACUGCCCGGCCUGCAGCCAGCCCUGCUCCGCCUUGGACCUCACGGCGCCGGCGAACGUCUUCCUGGCGUUGCUGAACUCCCUGCCGCUCCGCUGCCCCACCAGGACCUGCGGGGAGCAGGUGAGGCUGGACGGGUUCCGGGCCCACUGCGAGGCCCAUCAGCGGGAGGACGAGGGCGGGCGGGGGACGCCGCCGCCGGCCUGCGACGACCUGACCCCCAACAAAGGAGGGCGACCCCGGCAGCAUCUGCUGUCCCUGACCCGCCGGGCCCAGAAGCACCGACUGCGGGGGUUGAGGUGCGAGGUGAAUCAGUUUGCGGAGAAGGAGGAAGGUGGCGACGUGAAGGCCGUGUGCCUCACCUUGUUCCUCCUGGCGCUGAGGUCGAACAACGAGCACCGCAAGGCGGACGAACUGGAGGCCAUAAUGCAAGCCAGAUGCUUCGGGCUGAACGCCGCCGUGUGCCUGGCCAUCCGUGUCAACACCUUCCUGAGCUGCAGCCAGUACCACAAGAUGUACCGCACCGUCAAGGCCACCAGCGGCCGGCAGAUCUUCCAGCCGCUGCACGCCCUCCGGGCCGCCGAAAAGGAGCUCCUCCCGGGGUUCCACGCCUUCGAGUGGCAGCCGGCGCUGGCGAGCGUCUCGCCGUCCUGCCACGUGGGCAUCAUCGAUGGGCUCUCGGGCUGGGCGGCCUCGGUGGACGACGCCCCCGCCGACACCAUCACCCGCCGCUUCCGCUACGACGUGGCGCUGGCGUCGGCGCUCAAGGACCUGGAGGAGGACAUCAUGGACGGGCUGAGGCAGCAAGGGCUGGAGGACAGCGCCUGCACCGAGGGCUUCUCCGUCAUGAUCAAGGAGUCCUGCGACGGCAUGGGGGACGUGAGCGAGAAGCACGGCGGGGGGCCGGCCGUCCCGGAGAAGGCGGUGCGCUUCUCCUUCACCGUGAUGUCCGUCUCCUUGCGCGUGGCCGACGACGGAGAGGAAGCGGGGAACGCUGAGGAGGUGAUCAUCUUCCAGGAGCCGAAGCCCAACUCUGAGCUGUCCUGUAAGCCACUGUGCCUCAUGUUCGUGGACGAGUCGGACCACGAGACGCUGACCGCCGUCCUGGGGCCCGUGUCGGCCGAGCGCAGCGCCAUUAAGCGCAGCCGCCUCAUCCUCUCCAUCGGCGGGCUUUCUCGGCUCUUCAGCUUCCGCUUCCGGGGAUCGGGCUACGACGAGAAGAUGGUGCGGGACGUGGAGGGCAUGGAGGCCUCCGGCUCCACCUACGUCUGCACGCUCUGCGACUCCACCCGGGCCGAUGCCGCCCGCAACAUGGUGCUCCACUCCGUCACCCGCAGCCACCAGGAGAACCUGGAGCGCUACGAGACCUGGAGGACCAACCCCUUCUCGGAGUCCGCCGACGAGCUUAGGGACCGGGUGAAGGGGAUCUCCGCCAAGCCCUUCCUGGAGACCCACCCCACGCUGGACGCGCUGCACUGCGACAUCGGCAACGCCACCGAGUUCUACAAGAUCUUCCAGGACGAGAUCGGCGAGGUGUUCCAGAAGACCAACCCCAGCCGGGAGGAGCGGCGGAGCUGGAGGGCGGCUCUGGACAAGCAGCUGAGGAAGACCAUGAAGCUCAAGCCGGUGAUGAGGAUGAACGGCAACUACGCCCGCAAGCUGAUGAGCGUGGAGGCGGUGGAGGCGGUGUGCGAGCUGGUGCCGUCGGAGAGCCGGCGCCAGGCCCUGAGGCAGCUGAUGGAGAUCUACCUGGAGAUGAAACCGGUGUGGCGCGCCACCAGCCCAGCCACGGAGUGCCCCGACCAGCUGUGCCGCUACAGCUUCAACUCCCAGCGCUUCGCGGACCUCCUGGCCUCCACGUUCAGCUACAGGUACAACGGGAAGAUCACCAACUACCUGCACAAGACCCUGGCCCACGUGCCGGAGAUCAUAGAGAGGGACGGCUCCAUCGGGGCCUGGGCGAGCGAGGGGAACGAGUCGGCCAACAAACUGUUUCGGCGUUUUCGUAAGAUGAACGCCCGCCAGUCUAAGGUCUUUGAGCUGGAGGAUGUUCUGAAACAUCACUGGCUCUACACUUCUAAAUACUUGCAGAAGUAUAUGGAGGCUCACAAAGACUCCGCCAAGGUUUUGAACGCCUGCUUUGAACCGGCUGUGGCUGAGGGCGAUGUGGAUAUGUGUCUGGAUGCUCCAGGUUUUUAACACGGCCAAUUAUACUCAUAAUAUACUCAAUAUACUAUCUAUUUUUUAUCAAUUAUCAUGUCUUUCAUUAAAAAGAAUACACAACGUUUUAUACUAUAUUUUGGAUGUGUAGCAGUUGUGUAUUUUAUAUGGGUCGAUUUAUUAUUGUGUGCAUUUAUCUGCACUACUAUCUACAUACCAUUUCAAUAUACACUUUAAAUGAUGUGCAACACAUCGCCGAGGUUCACAGAGUGCAGAUAUAAGAGACUGGGGGCUCUUUGGUGUUUCCCGCUGAAAGGUUUUUUCUCUCUCCAUCCUCGGAUGAAAUAUGGAGCAGUUUAUUGUAUUGCACGGCUAUGGCACAUUUAUACAUUUAUACAGAGAGAUUAUUUAUGGAAACAGAUGAAACCACUGUAAGUCAUUGCCUAGAAAUUGUGUUAGAGUCCCCAGUUAUGGCCCAGGUAUUAAUAUAUCAUUUGGGCUUGAACAAAAAUGGAAUCACAGAGACCAAAAUGAUCUUUGCUUCACGAGCGUCCUCUGAAAAUGAUUACUUAGUUCUCUGGUUGGGGUCCCUGAGGGACAUCGGGUCACUUUGAACCAAUUUUAUCUCCUUUACUUGUUUUGCGCUGUGGGGAGAGAGAAAUAAUAUGUAUUCUACCUCAGAACAUGAAAUAGACCGUACGCUGACCUUUUGUUGAGACAACAGAAACACUGCACGGUUUGUUAUGAAGCAUUACACCCUGUUGUCUUUGUCCUGAGCAUAUUUCUUGAGCCCCUUAUUAUACAGUUUAUCAUGCCUUAUUUUGCAUAUGUUUUCUGCUUGUGGGGACUUACAGAGGAAGGUGAACCAACAGAGUGGAAGAAAGCUUUUCUUUGCUCGAUUGAUUGAUUGACUGGAUUAUCUUACCUCUUGCCUCGUCUUUUAUGGACUGGAUACUUUUUAUAUUUGAUCGCUUAUCAACAUAUUUUCUUGCUGUCUAUUUUCAACAUGUGUGUUGUAUUUUCCAGAAUAAAGUUAUUCAAAUAAAUUGUAUGUUCUGAAUAGUA